AUCAAAGAUUUAAACUAAAUUUAAUUGUAUUUUUUACUAUUAAAAAAUAAUUAUUAAGCAAAAUAAAAUAAAUCAUCAGGUGUAAUAAUCAUGAGUUAAAGUCAUUUAAAACGAUGUGCUGAAAGCAUUUACUUGAUGUUUUUUUUAAAUAUUUUUCUAAUCUUAAGUGGUUUGUCAAAUUUUAAAAAAUGGUUCGAAGUUUUUUUUUUUCUCACAGCAAUUAUAAAUUUGUGUCAUUCUUAUUUUCUGUUGACAAAUCCACUCUAAUGUGUUAUUAUUUCCCCCAUGGUGACCAAUGUACUCGACUUCUUGCGGGACGUCCGCUGCUACUAACUACUGCACUUGGGAUACUCACGGACAAGCGCGCUGUUGGAGACGAUGCUGUCCUGGCGACGUUCUUCCUCGGACUGAACUCUGGAGGGGGGACGCCGAGCACAGCGCUCAAUACUGGCUGUAGAGUAACUGUUGCUGGCAGAGCCUGCUCUGUGCCUAGGAGGCCUGCUGGACUCAGCUCUUCUUCUUGGUCUAGGAUCGAGUCCCUCCUUAACCUCAAGUUGUUCACUUUUCAUCGCUUCUAUGAAGAAAACAGCCAACAGCGCUUGAGGUGA